UUUGAUUCGACUAAUGUUGAUUCCGCCAUUGCGAAUGCAAAGUUCGGUUUUGAACUGCAGAGUGCAAAUAUUGUAUAUAGGAAUGCAGAGCAGUUUCAGUGUAGAAAUAAUAAGUGCUUAAUAAACAUGGAGGAAGAAUAUAUGGACACACAAGACUCUGGUGCGAGUGAUAGUAAUCGCAAUGAUGGGAAUGAUAACAGUGAUUCAAAAAGUGAUUUUGAUUUUGGUUAUGAGGAUUCGUAUGAUGAUGAAGACGGAGGAAAUGGUUACCGAGGAGCACCGCGAGGCCGCGGCAAUUUCAGGGGUCGCGGAAGGGGGAUGCCACCACCUGGUUGGAUGAAUGGACCACCCCCCAUGCGUUUUCGGGGUCGUGGCUAUGGCCCGGGCGGGCCCCCGAUGCGGGGCCGCGGGUUCUUCCGUGGCCGGGGCGGUCCCAGAUUCGGACCAAACGGUGGACCUAACUUCGACAACAACUGGGGACCUAUGGGACCGCCCCCACCCGGUAUGAUGGGCGGUCCGCCACCUUUCGGGCCGCCCCCGCCGGGCAUGAUGCCCCCAGGCGGGCCGAUGGGUCCGCCCCCAAAUAUGAUGGGACAACCACCGCCUUUCGGGCCACCGGGAAUGCCGCCGCCUAAUAUGCCUCCGCCCGAGAUAUGGGUCGAGACGAAGUCAGAAGAGGGCAAAUCCUACUACUACCACCACAGGACGAGAGAGACUACUUGGACUAGACCACAAGAGAGCCCCACGUGCAAGGUGAUAACACAGGCCGAGAUGGAGGCCAUGGUGUCUGGCGGUCAGCACCCAGGCAUGCCGAACCAGUCGAUGCCCAUGGGCAACCCGAUGGGCGGACCGCCUAUGGGUAUGAUGCCCAACGGCAUGAUGGGCAUGAUGCCGCCCGGCGUGGGACCCCAGGGCGGGGGCCCCAACUCGGUGCCCCCGUUUAUGACGCAGCCACCGCCGUGGGUCAAAGACGCCAAACAGGAGCAAGCGGAACAACCGCCGCUCGACAUGGACGAUAUGCCGCCGGGUGAAUCUAUACAGAAUAACCAACAGAUGCCUAAUUCAGUAGCACAAACGACGACAGCACCGUCGGGUCCCCCGCUGGGCGCCCCCAACCUGGGCCCCAACGCAUCCGGCCCGCCGGGCGGCACGUGGGGCCCGUGGGGCUGGGGUCCCCCUCCUAUGGUCGCGCAACCAGGCUUCGUGGCGCCCGAGGGUAAUGGGGCUCCACCACCAAUAGCGGUCAGUCAAAUGAACGCACAAAUGGCGACGGACAGUGAUUCGCCCAUAGUGCUAGAUGGUACUCCGCCGCCGGCUAAGAAGGAACCAACCGUGAUACCGCCGGAGCUGGAGGCGGCGGCGGCGGAGUGGACGACGCACGUGGCGCCCGACGGCCGCGCGUACUACCACCACGCGGCGCGCGCGCAGAGCGUGUGGGUCAAGCCGGAGCCGCUGCAGAGGCUGGACGAAUUAAAAGCCAGAAUUGCCUUCGAAAAAGGAGAAAAGACGGAGAAAAAGAAUGACCCGAUCAUAUUGGACGGUGUUAUCGACGUGGACGAGUUGACCGACGCGGAAGCGGCGGCGGAAGCGGCUCGCGUCGAGAAGGAGCGUCAGGAGAGGGAAAAGGAGGAGCGCGAGAGGGAGGAGCGGGAGCGGGAGGAGAGGGAGAGGGCCGAGAAGGAGAGGGCGGAGAGGGAGAAGCCGAAGCCGGAUAAGACGAGGCCGGUGUCGAGCACGCCGAUCACCGGAACACCUUGGUGCGUGGUGUGGACGGCUAGAAGUGAUAAAAAUUUAUAUAUCUCGCCGCAGCGCAAAGACGCGGCGUCGACGACGCCGGCGAAGACCAACGGCGAGUUGAAACGCAGCAUCGACUCGGACAGCGAGUCCGAUACCGACACCAAGAAGAGCAAAAAGGACGACGGUGCAGCGACGGCGGCAGCCGGGGCGGGGGCCGGGGCCGGUGCGGGGGCGGGGGCGGGGGCCGGGGGCGAGGCGGGGGCGGCGGGGCGCGCGGCGCGCAUAGACGCGAGCGCGGAGGCGGCGCAGGAGGCGGAGAAGCUCGCGGCGCGCAAGCGGCUCGAGCUGCCGUUCGAGCAGCGCGUCGCCGACUUCCUGCAGCUGCUGCGCGAGAGCGACGUCUCCGCGUUCAGCCCGUGGGAGAAGGAGCUGCACAAGAUCGUCUUCGACGGCCGCUACCUGCUGCUCGAGUCGAAGGAGCGCCGGCAGGUCUUCAACAAAUACGUUCGCGACCGAGCCGAGGAGGAGCGCAAGGAGAAGCGAAACAAGCUGUUGCUCAAGAAGCAAGCCUUCAAGCAGCUCAUGGAAGAAGCCAAGUUGCACUCCAAAUCGUCGUUCACCGACUUCUCGACGAAGCACUGCCGCGACGAGCGGUUCCGCGGCAUCGAGAAGCCGCGCGAGCGCGAGGCGUGCUUCAACGAGCACGUCGCCGAGCUGCGCCGCCGCGAGAAGGAGGAGAAGGAGAGGAGGCGGGAGACGGCGAAAAGCGACUUCAUACAACUGCUGAAAGACAAGAGCGUCGACAGGCACUCCAGGUGGGUGGAGGUGAAGAAGAAAAUCGACCUGGACGUUAGGUACAAAUCGGUCGAGAGUAGCACCCUCAGGGAGGACUACUUUAGGGAGUACUGCAAGAUGGUCAAGGAGGAGAGGAAGAAGGACAAGGAGAAGGAGAAGGAAAAGGAGAAGGAGAAAGACGGAAAGGAGAAGGAUCGCGAACGCAGCAGUAGAAAAGACAAAAAGGAGAAGGACAGGGACAAGGAUAAGGAGAAGGAGAAGGAAAAGGAUAAGGAUAAGGAGAAGGAGCCUAAGAAAGAUAAGAAAAAAGAAAAGGGCGAGAAACAGGAGGCCACCGAGGACGAGAAGAAACAGCCGACGCCGCCGCCGGACCAAUGGGCUGAGAUACUCGGCAUACCCGGCGAGGAGGAUUCCAAGUCGGACUCCAAGUCAGACACGAAAUCGAAACCGUCCGACAGGAGCGACGAGUCGUCCGACAAUCCCGUCUCCCCGAAACAGCUGCGGUCCUCGAAGAAGGAGGCGCCCACGCCGGAGAAGAAGUCCCCGCUGAAGUCGCCGCUCGUCUCGCCGCUGAAGAAGCGGAAACAGGACUUCAAGUCGCCGGAGCCGGAAGUGAAGGGCAAGAAGAAAACGGACAAGACUGAGAAAAGGAAACGGAAGUCGGAGAAAGAAUAUACUAUAACGCACUUCAACGCACUACAAGCGGACCUCGUCAGGAACCCGGACCUGACGUGGCGGGAGGCGAAGAAGCAGCUGAAGAAGGACCACAGAUACAGUCUCGCUGACGACCUCACCAAAGAAGACAAGGAGCGGCUGUUCAACCAGCACAUCGGCGCGCUGGCGCACAAGCGGCGCGACCGGCUGCGCGCGCUGCUCGACGAGCUCGGCGCGAGCUGCACGGCGCACUGGCGCGACGUGCGCAAGCAGCUCGCGCAGCACGCCGCCGCGCCCGCCUACCGCAGCGCGCAGCAGAUGGAGCGCGAGUUCCGCGACUACCAGCGCGACAAGCAGAUCGGCGCGAAGGCGGCGCUGCGGCAGCUGCUGCUCGAGACGCGCUCGCUCACGCACCGCUCGCUCGCAGCCGCGCGCGCCGCGCCCGCCGCGCUCACCGCGCUGCUCGACGCGCUGCGCGACGACGCGCGGUACACGGCGCUGGACCACAUACCCGACGAGAGGGAGCAGAUAAUAAUGGCGUACCUGGAGGAGCUGGAGAAGAAGGGCCCGCCGCCGCCGCCCACCGCCACCGAGCCCUCGCGCCGCGCCAAGCCCUGACCCGUCGCCAUGUAAAGGUGCUGUGGUGGAGUAAUGUUGCUGUGAAUAGAUGUCGCUAGCUAUAAUUUUAUUAAAUAAAUGACGUGAAUUUA